AUGUCGUCUUGCGAUGCGGAGCAAGCAGCGCCUCGAGAGCAGCAGCAUGCGGACAAGCAGACCAGGAUGAGCUUCAAAGGAGGGCCAGGUGUCGAUGGCUUCAAGAGGCGCGUUCGGAUAGUACAAGGCAUGCUGAUGUACUCCCCGGACAGGAUAUUCGGAUCCAAAGACAGAUUCGCCUUGUACAAUUCAGUCACGGCCACUCUCAACUCUGAUCCUCUUUUCGAUGGUGCUCUGAAGACUUUCACCACGCGUGACAGGUGGCUCGAGGUCAUGAGAGUCGUCGACUCCAUCAUCUCUGGCGGCAGAGAGAAAUACCUCCGUCCUCUCCAUGAGGCGGGGAAACCUCUCAACGAAAUGGACGAGCUACACUUGCGCUUGUCCGAGAUGAAGACGGCAUGGCUCAAGAAUAAUCCCCAGGCUGAAACAAGCAUGAAUGGUGUGAGCGCUCCGAACAAACGCGGGAGAGACUUCGAUGCGAAGACGGUGGACGUGGAAGAGAAGAAAAAUGAAGCUUCUGAGCGGGGAUCUGAGAGCGAGUCAGAAAAUGGAGCUGAGCGACUGCAAGGGCACGAAGAUGACGACGAGUAUGCGGGAAAGCCACCGUCCGAUUGCAGGACAAGCCAUGCUCCUCGGAAGAGGGGACGGCAAGUCGCGAAUCAGAAAAGUUACCCCGAAGUGUCAGUUCCCCAGUUGUCUGACCUCCUGGACUACCUCAAGAAGAGCGACGAUCAGUUUUACAACUUCGUUGACCAGCACCGCGCUGUCAGGCAGGCUGAGACCCAGGCUGAGAAGUACAAAGAGGAAGCUCGGAUGUAUAAGGCUAGGGCCGAGAGGUAUAAGAAACAGUGCGAGCUCUUGGUGAAGAUCAUCGAGUGCAAGGAUCAGGGAAUUCCAAUUCCUCCAGGCUUUAUGGCAGAGACUCGUAACAUGAUGGAUGAGUAA